AAAUAAUAAUACAUUUUACAAUAUUAUCAAAAUAAUUUUUGUGGGUGGAAUUAAAAGUGCUUACUAGCUGGAUAUGGAUCGUCGUAAAUGCCGAGGCGGUAAGGAGCGGCAGGCAGCCAACCUGAGGGAGAGGAGAAGAAUGGAGUCGAUCAACCAGGCCUUCGAGGGGCUGAGGGCCCACAUCCCCACCCUCCCCUACGAGAAGAGGCUGAGCAAGGUGGACACUCUAAAGCUGGCUAUAGGGUACAUUAGGUUUCUUUCAGAGUUGGUACGAGCAGACAGAGGAAGAACUGAACCUAAAGUGAAAGUUAAAGAGCAGGAGAAAAUAAUUAUCAGAGGAGACUGCCCCUACGCCGCACAUUCCUUGUCCUGGAGCUAUGAGAAGACAACGAGGUCAAGGAGAGGUGUCAUGUACGCAAGGACUUGGACUCCAGCAGACCCACGCGGUUCCAACGCUACGUAACCUAUCUGCCAUGACUGUCACUUUUUUGAAUGAAUACAAAGUGACCGAAAAUAUACCGCAUCAAUCAUAAGCAUUUUAAAGAUACUUUAAUAAAUUAAUAAAAGCAUAUGUUCUCCUGU